AUGAUAGGAAAUUUAGACAAAAAAAGAACUGAUAAGAGAGUAGUGAUUGGUGGCAUUCCAAAAAAUAAUAUAGAUUUAAGGAUACUUGAGAAGCCAGAAAAGUAUACUGUAGUAUAGAAGAAAAAGACAUAUUAAGACAUUAAAUUUAUUAUUACAUGCUUAAAAAACCACUUCGUAUUUUACAACUUACAAGACUCGUAGCUGGAGACUUUAGUAAAUGAGAUGAGCUAUUGUGAAGUUAACCAAGGAGAGUAAGUAAUCAAGUAAGGAGAUGAUGCAUUUUGCUUUUUCCUUUUGGAAAAGGGAGAGAUAGAAGUUCAGGUUAAUUAAUAGAAAGUUAGAAAAUUAAAAGAUGGUGAAGGGUUUGGCGAAUUGGCCCUUCUAUACAAUGCCCCUCGUUCAGCUACUUGUGUUGCUUUAUCCAAAUCUUACUUCUGGAUGAUUGAAAGAAACACAUUUAGGAAGGCUGUUGAAGAAAUGAUUACGUAGGAAUACCAAUAAAAUAGGAAAUUUAUAGAAAAGAUAACUUUUUUCUAAAAUUUGACUUCAAAUUAGAAAGACGCAAUAGCAGGAGUAUUAAUUGACCAGCGCUUUUUGAAAGAAUAGAAUAUUGUUAACAAAGAUGAUCCAGCAAGUUCAUUUUACAUUAUUAAAGAAGGUAAAGUGAGUGUAAUGCUCGGUGAUAAAGAAGUAAGAACUUUGGGUUAAGGUGAAUCUUUUGGCGAAACUGCACUAUUACAAGGAGAUUAAACUAGAACUAUGACUAUUAAAGCAUUAGAAGACACUACAUGCCUUGCCCUAGGAAGAGACGUACUUACAAAGUUACUCGGAGACAAAGUUGAAAUGAUCAUAUAUAGAAACAUAUCUAAGUGGGCCUUAGAAAAAUCUGAUGGUUUCAAAGAGCUAACUAUUAACUAACUAGAUAAAAUAUUAGACAGCAUAUAAAUUUCUCAUAUUACUAAAGGUAGAGUUAUUAUUCCUAAAGGUACUUAAAAGGCACAACAGUUAUACAUCAUUCUUAAAGGAUCUGUUAAGGAUGGAGAUAUUGUUUACUAGAAAAGUUAAUUGCUUGGAGCAAAGGAAAUUAUUAAUGCCGACGAGACUUCUGUGUAUGAGUAAAAUAUUGUCACAGAAGAAGAUUCAGUUAUUGGUUAAGUGAAAAUUUCUGACCUUGUUGCAAAGUUAAGUGGAACUUUAUAGGAUAUUUUGAAGAAAAAUUAAAAAGUUAGCGAAUAGCUUGAAGCCAAAGAAUCUUAAAUCAGACAAAAUAUAGAAAAUCUUACAAUAGACGAUCUUGAAGUAGUAAAAAAAUUAGGAAAUGGAUAAUUUGGAUCUGUUUAUUUGGUCAAAAAUAAAGACACAAAACAAAUCUAUGCACUUAAAUGUGUUUCUAAAUCAAGCGUUGUUGAGACCAGCCUAGAAAAGCAUUUAAUUCAAGAAAAGAAAGUCAUGCAAACAGUUAACUAUCCUUUCAUCAUGAGAUUUUUCCGCUCAUUUAAGGAUGACUACUAUAUUUACUUCUUACUAGAAUUCAUUUAAGGUUAAGAGCUUUUUGAAGUUAUCAGAGAAAUAGGUUUACUUAGUACUUGGGAUUCACAAUUUUACAUUGGUUCUAUUAUUCUAGCACUCGAAUAUCUUCAUUCUCGAAAGAUAAUUUAUAGAGAUAUUAAACCAGAAAACAUCAUGAUUACUCACAAGGGAUAUCUUAAGUUAAUAGACAUGGGUACUGCAAAGAUCAUGUAAACUAAUGCUGGCACAAUGACACGUACAUUUACUAUUAUCGGAACUCCUCAUUAUAUGGCACCUGAAGUUAUUUCUGGUAAAGGUUAUAGCUAUUUAGUUGAUCUUUGGUCAGUAGGUAUUUGCCUCUACGAAUUUAUGUGUGGAUAUGUUCCUUUUGGUGAAGAAGCUGAAGACCCUUAUGAAAUCUAUGAGGAAAUUAUAAAAAAGGAGAUUAAUUUCCCCAAUUAUUUAAGUGAUCCUAUGGCUAAAUCUUUAAUGGAAUAGCUUUUAUCCAGAGUUCCUGAAAUGAGAACAGGAGGUUCUUACAGUUCUUUGAAAAGCCAUUAAUUCUUCAGAAAUGUUGAUUGGAUUAAAUUAUCUGAUAUGAAUUAUUAACCACCUUAUCAGCCUUCAAAUUAGAGCUAUUUAACUACAGAAUAAGUUUUAAAGGCGCCUGGAAAGUAAAUUCAAUAAUAAAUCAAAGAAGAAUUUGGAGCUCUUAAAUUACCAAAUGCAUCUAAAGUAGUCGAUUGGGACAAGAUCUUUUGA